CACACACAUACACACACACACACACACACACACACACACACACAGGGUCGGGUCUGGUCUUUACUCUGUUUCUAUUUUAGCUCGACUCUCUCAGACAGCGGUCAUGGCUCGCUGCAGGAGUUACUUGCGAGGGCUCGCUAUCUGUAUCACUGUGCUGCUACUGGUGUCUGGUGUGGUGAUGAUCGGCGUCGGAUUUUCUUCCAUUGACGGCAACAUACCAAUUGCUGAGAUGGACAGCGCGGUGGAUGAGGUGUUUCUGAACGUAACUCCCCUCCACAGAGCCGACAGCGUCAUCCAGAGUGAACUAAACAAACUGCAGACAUCGGACUCUUGUUGUGGUUUGAGGAAAUUUGAGGACUGGGAGAAUCAACUUCCUGUUUCCUGUUUCUGCACGCCACCCACUCCUCGCCCAAUCUCCAACCCGCAGCCGAGCUCUGAGGUGGGUAACUCUAACGCUGACUGUGUGAUGGUGGGCGGCGACCCUCCGACCUCUCAGAUCACAGCUCAGUGUGUUCACUCCAAGCCCUGUGGUUCCAUCCUGAAGAGCUACCUGAGCUUCCCCAUCAAACUCAGGAUAGGAAUCAUUUCAGCCGUCGCCACCAUCACGAUGGCGGCCAUUGCUCUCUGUCUGGCGUUGGGUCUGGAGGAAUACUGGAAGACGCCUCCAGUAGAAACUACAGUGGACGAUUUCAACAGAGUGAAAUACCAACCCAAACCCUCCCUCACCUGACCUCUGACCUCUGAUCCAGAACCGAGGCAUCAAUCCAAACUGCCAGCGAAAAGCUCAAUAAAACCAUACCAUCCAUUCUUUACGGAAAUCUGAAAAUUAUUUUAAAUCUGCAUAUUUAUACCCAACAGAAACAUCUGAGGCUGGACUUUUUGUUAUUGUGUGUAAUCGUAGGACAGCUCCAAAGAUGGUGGCAACUUAAAAAGAGCACCGCCAGACUUUGGGGCCGUCUGUCAUAACAACAGUAUCACAUUCACAGACAAGAACCAAACGGGGCCCCUUUCAGGCCCCGUUUGGUUCAGGAUUUCAGGCUGAUGUCAUUUCAAAAGGAUUUGCAAUUUGAGAUGCUGAGUCUUGGCAAAAACAUCCACAAGAAGAGCUUAGACAGUCCCCGUCUCUGCUUUGGAACCGAUAUUUGAAAACUUUGUGACCUUUAUGUGAUAUUUGUUAAAUCAGACAGUAAAAGACACUCAGCUCAGGACUGCUGGGAGGUAAAACUUUAAAUCAGGAGGUAAAGCUGCCGGUUGGGAUAAAAUAUUUGGCUCUUGUCUUUGAAAAGUACGUUAUAAAUAAAGUUUAUUUUAUCAGUGA